UGCUUCUAGCUAUCAAUAUAUCAUUAUUGCCGAUCAUUCCUUUAAAAGGAAAACUUGUUUUUUUAAAUUCCCGAUAAGUCUAUGGACUCAUCUCAAUGCAGAACAUCUGCUGAUAAAUAGAUAUGCGUGUAUGUGGGGGAUAAUUGUUGUCAUAUUACAAAUCCGCAUCAAUCUAUUAAUACCCAUGGUACGUACAUUGUUGAAUUACCUUUAAAUCAUCAUUCAUUAUAUACUCUUUUAAAGGGUUUAAAUCUUAUACAAAACAAUAACCGUUCGUAAACAUGUCCCCUACGUUUCGGCGUUGUUUUUUGUUUGCGAUAUUCAACGCUUGAUUUUUUUUAAAUUCCCGAUAAGUCUAAGGACCCAUCUCAAUGCAGAACAUCUGCUGAUAAAUAGAUAUCUGUGUGUGGGGGUAAUUGUUGUCAUAUUACAUAUCAGCAUCAAUCUAUCAAUUGCCGUGGUACGUGUAUUGUUGAAUUACCUUUAAAUCACCAGUCAUUAUAUACUCUUUUAGACUGUUUAAAUCCCUACAGAACAAUGAAGGUUCGCUCUGAAUAAAACGGCUCGCAAUAUAUGUAUGAGGCAUAUUAAAGACAAUAACAUUAUGUUCUUGGCUUUGUUAAGUAACAACACCUUAUAAAGUCAUACCUUUUAAGACAGUUAUAUAUAUUUUAGUACCUGAUAUCAAGCGAUAGGAAUUUUUUUAAGAACGUUGUUCUAAAGAUAUUGUACAACCCGGGGCCCAUCAGCCUAACCCUAACCUUGACCCUGAUAGUUCAAUGGACAGUUCGCAAUUGCAGUGAAGGUUCCCAGGUUGUGUCUAACUGUGCUGAUGACUGAGAGGUCAAAGAGAAUAUAUGUGGUUCCCAGGCUGUGUUUGACUGUGCUGUUGACUGAAAGAUCAAAGAGAGAAUAUAUGUGGUUGUGACCCAGACCGCCCACAUCAUGGACACAGCAAGCUCCCAAUACAUCACAGCAAGCUCGCAAUACAUCACAGCAAGCUCCCCAUACAUCACAGCAAGCUCCCCAUACGGAGUAAAUCAGUGUUCUAAGUGUCCGGGGGACACAGCGUACCAUUGUGUAUCGUGUCCAUGUGAUCUGUGUCCCCAGUGUAAAGAGAACCAUGUAAAAGAUCUCCAAACAAUAGACCAUGAUGUUGUGUCACACCGUGAUAAAAUCAACUACAUCCCAACACAAGAGAUCUGUGUGAGACAUCCUAGCCAUGUUUAUACAAAGUACUGUGAACCUUGUCAAGUUCCUGUCUGUUUCCACUGUAGAAAACAUAGAACUCACAGACAACUUGAUGUUGGAACAUCCUAUAAAACAAAGCGACAACAACACAGAGGAACCAUUCACACCAUCAGAAGUGAGGCUCUCUUUUACAGACCUGUUCUCCUGACAGGAAUCAAAGCUGAUGUCAAAACCUGUCACACAGAAUUCUCCCCCCUUCAAUCAGAGAUGUUAACAAAGGCCCAGAACCUGAAGGAUCUCAUUGAUGAUGUGGUAUAUAAACUAUUGAAUAAUGUGUUAUGUUACUUUGAUUUCAAACACAGAUGUAAAAAACAAAAGAUAGAAAUGAUCAGACAUAUUGUCAGACUAAGGAGAUAUGAACACAGAUAUGUACAGCCAGCAUUCACAUUCAGUGCGCUACAAUUCCUCUCCUUCACAAAGACAGCCCUCCCCCAGAUACAUCUUACACUCCACACCAGCCAGCUCUCCAUGACUGAGUCACUCAACAAGGAGGAUGUGAUGGAGUCACUGAGUGCAAUCCAAAUCACAGAGAGAGGAAACCGACGCGUAGGAAACCAGUGUCUGCUGAAACUGACGUCUAGUGCUGAGCUCCAUCAAUCUCUCACAGUGACAGGUGUUGAUCGUUGUUAUCACAUUUCCUGUGUGACAUCAGACCGGGUCUGGGUCAGUGAUUGGAACAAUCUCAUGUUGACAGACACAACAGGUGUCCCUCUACAUCGUGUGGAGGAUUCAGAUAGUGAUAUAUCUGGAUUACACACAGUGAACAGUGAGAGUGAACUGAUUUAUAAAGAUAGGAAACAUAACAUCAACAAACUGUCAAAGGAUAUGAAAACAACCACCACAUUUAUAGAGAGAACAGACUCUACAUGGCUACCAGAGUGUGUGUACUGGUCCCCGUCCACUGGGGAUCUACUGGUCGGGAUGUAUAACUAUGAUACAAAGACAGGCAAGGUAACAGGCAAGGUAACCCGGUACAACCAGAGUGGACAAGUCACACAAACCAUACAGAACAACAACACAGGACGGGGACUGUAUAGUACACCUAACUAUAUAACAGAGAACAACAAUGGGGAUGUCGUGGUGUCUGACUUUGAGUCUCGUGCUGUAGUGGUGACAGAGCGUGGAGGAAGACAUCGUUUCUCCUACACAGGACAUCCAUCAGGAUCACGACUAUGGCUACAUGGAAUCUGUACUGACGCGCUGUCACACAUCCUGGUGUGUGAUGUUACAACAGUACAGAUGAUAAAUAAGGACGGUCAGUUCCUGUCACAUCUACUGACAAAAUCACAAGAGAUGGGUUUACCAUGGAGCCUGAGUUAUGAUGUCAACACUCACCGUCUCUGGGUCGGAUACAACACCAAGGUGUGUGUCUACAGGUAUAUCACCAGACAGGACGCUCUGACAGAUGAACACAGACCCCGUCCUGAUCAGGACACCAUGUCCAGCUCAACACAAGCCGUAUAAUGGAGAUAGCUGGGAUAUUGACAGACAAGCUGCUUUUUAAACGCCUUCAGGGGGAGAUAAAAGAAAACCUGCCCGGAUUACCCAUAAUUCCAAUGGAGUUACAGCAGCCAAAUAAUUACCGGUCAUCAACGGACUUUGUGUUCUGUGCGUGAACUCUACAU